AUAAUUUUGAACCAUAAACAAGUAUAGUAAAAAGGGUUGUGAACUAUGACCAAGUCUUUGCACACCACAACCCGACAUUAAAGGGUGUCCUUACAUGAUGGGCACUCUCCCUCUUUAAAACCAAAGUUCCAAUCUCUUUGACGAAUCUCCAAUAAUUUGAGUGCAACAGAAAGAACUGGUUCGUUGUCAUACACACAAAACAAUAUUAUUAAUAUAUUCUGUCAACAAUGGCUGAUGAUCCUCAAGACGUGGCAGACAGAGAGCGCAUUUUCAAGCACUUUGAUGCCAACGGCGAUGGCCAAAUCUCUUCAGCAGAGCUUGGGGAAGCACUGAAAGCCCUUGGAUCAGUCACACCAGACGAGGUGCAAAGGAUGAUGGAAGAGAUUGACACUGAUGGAGAUGGCUACAUUUCUUAUGAAGAGUUCACAGAAUUCGCCAGAGCCAACCGUGGCUUAGUCAAAGAUGUUGCCAAGAUUUUCUAAGUUCAUUAAAUUAACCAACCCUUUGUAAUUAAUUAAAUUUCAUUCUACCUUCCUUUGUGCUCUGCAUGGGAAGAGAAAAUGGUUCUUGAGUGUGCAUACUUUCUCUAUACGUCAUCACAAUGAGAAGUUCAUUCAUAGCAUGAUGUCACCCUCUUUUGAACCUCUUUCUUUUUUCAUAUGCUUUUUUUGAUCUGACUUAUGUAUAUUGUUAUAUGGGAAAUGCUAGUGAUACUCUUUCUAACACUUGCUUUC